AUGAAGUCUCGGUUAUCACGGGAGAUCCCGAAGGCUUCAAAAACAAUCGCCACCGAGUCAAAUUCUCACACACCGGCCAGCAACAAUUCGCAGGCCAGUGCCGAAGCCAUUGUAGAGCUGACCGCUGGACUAGAUUUUGUGUUUGAAGAUCCGGGCUCUGAAGUUGACCAUGAUCAUGGUGACAUCAACGACUCGCAUUUGGAGCGGUUACUAGAUCAGGCGGGCAAGUACUGCAACUCGAAGGUGGACGAUGAUGCAGGAGAGGAGUGGUCGUGUCCCUUAGAUGCGUCUAACCUUAUUUAUGCCGCUUGCUGCUGCUUAUCAGAUGUAUACGAGACAGUGCAUACACACACGUCGCAGUUUGAGCAAGUCAUGGUCGGCAAACCAUCUCUCCUGGGCACCAAAAAAGCCAUCGCCAUCUGGAAAAGUCCAAAAGAUAGGGCGCUUAUUGUGGCUGUCAGAGGGACAGCCUCCAAGGUGGAUCAUAUGGUGAAUCUAAGCCAUACAGCAGGCAAUUCUCCAUCUCUCAUGAGCUUUAAAAAUGAGGGUCCGACUGUGAGGGUUCACAGUGGCUACCUCACAUGUGCCACCGCCCUGAUCCCAGAUCUGGAAAAAGAAAUCAGUCGCCUGAGAGAAGCCGAUGAUUCCAUCCAAAAUGUUGUCUUCACCGGCCAUUCUGCUGGUGGUGCUGUUGCUUCACUCCUUUUUGUUCACUUCGCGAACCAGCCAGGGACAUUUCAGUCUCUCAAGCUGUCUCUUGUCACCUUUGGAUCCCCUCCGGUCACCGCCGACGACAUCACACCGCUAGUGAAGAAGCUGCCGCAAGUUGGGAUGGUGUUAUCUUUUGUGAACGAGCUUGAUAUGGUUACCCGCGCGGAUGACGCGUACAUCCACUCCGUCCUCAACCUUUAUCGGGCUCGCUUCAACUUACCACCCGUUGCCCGAGUAGCUAGCCAGGUGUCUACCGAGCCCGCGCCAGCCCCCGGUAUCGAUGUCGAAUGGCCUUUGCCCCCUCCAAGCUUUUAUCCAGUUGGUGACAUCUUGCUCCUGAGGAAAAACUUCCCCACCCUAGCACCCCAUCUGACGGGACUGUUCAAAGAACCACCGGGGUGUGUGAAGCUCUCAUCAUCAGAGUUCGGCAGGCUUCUUUUCUGCGACAUUAGCGUCCAUAAGCGUAAGCAUUACGUGGAACGCGUGAAGAGACUUGUGGAGGCAUCUAGAACCAAUCCCCAGGUCUAGUUUCUCGUUAGUAAGGUGAAUGUGUUAUUGGGCACUAGAGCAGAGUGAUGCACAGGUCUACAAGAAAUCACGGGAAUUUGCAUAGCCAUGAGAGGCUUUUUUUAUGCUUUAAUGGUACUUUGACUCGGGAAUUUGAAGUUAGGAUAGCACAAAUAGUAGUUCACUCAUCCAAG